CCCCGAGCGCUUCUGGUUCGAGUGCGGCGCGCCGUCGGCGCUGUCGGACUGCGCGGACGAGGAGGACUCGUUCGUGUCGGACAGCUCGGAGCAGGUGCAGGCCUGCGGGCGCGCCUGCUUCUACCAGAGCCGCGGCUUCCCGCUGGUGCGCUACGCCUACAACCUGCCCCGGGUGCGGGACUGAGCCGGGGUCCCGCCCGCGGCUCCCGGGCGCCCCAAGGCGCGCGAUCGUCCCCGGGCGUCCGGAGGAAGCGGGUGGCAGCUUCGCCCUCGGAGCAGACGUCUUCGGGGAACAGGUGCCGGCGUUGUCCGCCGCGGGAACAGCGUCCCGUCAGCUGGGGGUGCACCGCGGACCGCCGCGACUUGCAGAGGACCUGGCACGUCAGCGUGCGGCCUCGGGCUUCCCUCAUCCUGAAGAGCAGCUCUACAGUGUUUCCGAAUUAAGCACAAGAGAAGGAACAGCUGUUAAUAUUUUUUAAAGCUAUCAUUUUUAGGGGGUGGUGGAUGAGGCAGGAUCUCGCUGUGUAACCUGGGCUGGCCUUGAACUCACUGUGCAGCCGACGCUGGCCUCGAUCUUCUAUCGAUCGCCCUGCUUCAGCCUCCCGAGUGCUGCGCUGGCAGGCAUGUGUUGCAUGCCCCGCAGAAAAACUUACUUUAAAAUACGACUAUGUAACUGAAGAAAAGUCUUGCGAAGACUCACCGUUAAUCUCAGGACGACCUCAAGCCCACUUAGAGCGCGUGGACAUCGCCCUCCGCCUUUCGUCCCCCUCUGGGAGGGAAGAGGGUCAUGGAUCCUGCUCACAGCAUUGCGGGUUUAGGCCUGAGCAUGUUUUGAAAACAACACUAACAGCUGUUAGAUUUUCUUAAUGGCGGAACCUUUGUUUUGGGUCACUUUCUCACGUGCUGGGACAUUCCCUCCGUGUUCGGCAAUCACUGGGAGGAAAAGCGGGCGGCCGCGUGUGGGUUCUCGGAUUUGGAGAAACGGUGGGAUUCUUACAGCACCUGAGAGGUCUGGUGGCCGGCUGCCGUUUCCGCUAAUGCUUCCCAACGCCAGCGGCUUUCCCGAUGAGUCGGCCGAGUGGGCGCGGCAUCCGUUUGGGGUUUGAGGUGCCGGGGUGAAUGGUGUGUGUCACUGCAGGACACCGGGAGUAGUCAUGAUCCAAAGCAUUUAUUUCCUAGUGGGCUGGGUUCUCCUGGACCAGUGCUGUGAUACAGAAGCUUCCACACAUUUUCCCCGCACUUCGAUUUCAAAACGAGCUAAUACUCAGGUGGUGCUGGGCUUGGUGGUGCACACCUGUACUUGCAGCACUGGGGAGGCUGAGGCAGGAGGAUUGCUGUGAGCUCAAGGCCAGCCUGGGCUACACAGAGAGACGCUGUCUCAAAACAGGCCCCCCAAAAUUGCCAAUAAUCAGAUGCUGAGCUGUGAUUAGACAGGACAGAUACAUCGUGGUGGGGGUAGGGGGAAUAAAAUACAGCCCUGUCUUUAAAAAUUAAGCCUUUUGCUUGAUUCUCAGUUAUGGGCUUCGGGUGUUGCUGUGUGGAGUCUGAUGUUGUAAUUUCUCAGUACGCCUUCAAACAGUGCUAAAUCCCUAGCAGACCUACUGCCACAUUGGUUAUCCUGCAUGUCCUAAAACUCGGAAGCAAGAUUGCAGUUUAACAACUAAACUGUACAUAUGUGCAUAUAAUGAAUUUUUAUCUUCUGUAAAUUAGUUUUAGAACACAAGCUGGGAAACGGCCUCUGUUCAUUUCGUUUCAUUAAAGCUACCUCCUGAAGUAUAGCGGCUGCCAGUAGCAGGAUGUUCAAGUGUGGUUUAUAGACUUCUUUGCAUUGUAAAUAGUCUCGGUUGUACAUUGUCAGUGUAAUUAAAACAGAAUCUUUGUAUAUCAAAAUCGUAGUUUGUAUAAAAUGUGGGAGGGAUUUAUUUACAGUGUGUUGUAAUUUUGUAAGGACAACUAUUUACAAGUUUUAAAAAUUGCUAUCAUGUUUAUAUAUUUACAUAUAUGAUCAAUAUUAAAUCAUAACUUGGUAAGAAAAUCCUAAUUAAAAGUUGUUUUCUCCAACAUUCAGGUUACUGGAAACUUUUGAUUUCAUUUCAUUUAAAAAAUAGAAUAGCAGAUACAUAAAAUAUGUGGUAACCUGUGCUACACAUAUGGUAUCAUAUAUAAUAUUGUAUUCAGUGUUUUGAAUAUUAAAGUUUCUAGAAAGCA